AGGUUGGGCCACUAGUGUUCCAGGACAGCCUGGGCUGCAUAGUGUGACACCUCGAAGAAGAGAGACAAAGCAAGUCAGAUGCAUGGUGAAGCUUUCGACAACAGUGAAAAUAAAUGUGGGUUGUUCUUGGCUUGUUCAGUGUGGAUUGUUCAAAAGGAGCAUGAAUAGAAGAAGCAAUGAGAGGAACGUACAUGGGGCUAGCUAAGGCAGGAAAGUUAGGGUUACUUCAAUGUUGUGAUGUCAUUCCUACCAUGGAAUAGUUACGUAUGUGACGCGAUUGUUUUGUUUAUUCUAUAGUGCUGAGCGUGGAUCCCAGGGUCCAUGAAUGCUAGGAUAGCACUCCUCCCAGUGUGCCGUUCCCAGCCCUCAACCUGAUUGCUUAAGUCACGCACACCAAGUGCGAAAUAUACAUAAUUGUCACAAAAACUUAAGAUAUUAUGGAAGGCAGGCCUGCAGGUAAGAUGAGCACUGCCACAUCUAGCUUUCUACCAGUCCUGGAGGUCCAUUCAGGUCCUCAUGCUUGCGCAGUAUACACCAAUGACUGAGUCACCCCUCCCCGCCCCCAACACCAGUUGGUAUUUUUAGUUUAUUUUCAUCUGUCUGUUUUAAUCUUAUACAUGCCUGUCCCAUGCUACCCUAGAAUGUAGCGAAAAAUGACCUUGAAUUUCUGAUCUUUUGCCCCCACCUCUAGAGUACUGGGGUUAUUACCAGCUUACACCACCAUAGACUGUUUCUCUGUGGUAUUGGGAUAAUACAUUACCAGACCCCCGUCUUACUAUACAUUUAAAAUAAAGAUUUCGCAGUGGACUUUUCCCUAGUCAGUCAUCAAGGAGCCUUACUUUCCUCAAAAGCUCCCCGCUGAGUGCUGAGUUUCAGGUAGGCCACACAUUUCAUUUUCUCUCCCUCAGUGGUAGAAUAGAUAGGCUGUGCAGGUGCCUUGCUUGGCGUCCCUCAUUACCCGCUGGAUACUGUCAAGCUGUAAAUAUUAGAGGAGAGAUCCUUGGAGGGACUCGAAGACUCAGAGACAUGAUGUGAGCUGAGCAAGUUCUCGCCAGAGGGCUGCAGUUCUCUUGGCUGCUGAGCAGGAAGUGGCAGCCUGUUCCUUGGCACGCUGCUCCAAGGGAGGUUCCUCUGUGCCUGGCUUGUGUUUGCCCAGUGUGUGUUCUGUAUUACACUGCCACACCUCUCUGGCCUAAAAGAACAUUCUAUCUCUGGUCAUAAAGGAAAUAUUGACUUAAGGAAGGGACAGUAGCCACAGUCGAAAACCUGUAGGAGCAGGAGCUGGAGGGGAAGUGGAUGAGGAGGUUGCUUUGCUCUUCUGCUGGUGCCAGUUAUAGGAGGCGCUAUUGAGAAGUGGGAGACUACCUCAGAUGUGACACUGGGGCAUGUAAAAGGUGAUGGAAUAAUCAUGUUUUUAACAAGGGUCAUUGGUGUUUGGGAGAGGACCCGUUCUAGAAGGUUAGCAGGAAUAGUUCCUAUAUCAAGGCUUCACUAAGCACCAUGUUCUGAGAGGAUACAAACAGGCUCCAGUAUCUGGGGAAAUAGACUUAAGGCAGAUGCAACAGUGCGUGUUGAGAGCCAGGCAGGUAGCAGGGCCAUUAGGUCAUCCAGUAUAAGUCAAGUCAACAAAUUAACCCCCACCCCACCCCUUGACAAGAUCUCUCUCCAUAGCCCUGGCUAUCCUAAAGCUCACUAUGUAGACCAGUCUGGCCUCAGCUGAUACUGGAUGCUAGAAUUGAAGGUGUAUGCCACCAUGCCUAGCAAUUUAAUAUUUUUUUGCUUUUGGUUUUUGAAGUAAAAGAGGUUUAAAGAGUGGAAGGAAACUAUUGAGUGAUUUUAAAAAAGAUUGUGUGGUUGUAAGAUAGUGGAUAGGAGAGGUGACAAGACUAGAGGCAGAGGUCCUCCCAGGAAGAUUGGUAAUGAUGUUGAUUACAGGAAAUAUUGGGUUCUUUUAGCAUCAGGUUAUAAGAAAAAUGUUUCAUCCAGGCAUGGUGGCAUACAUUCAGGGGUCAGAAGCAGGUGAAUCUCUGUGAGUUCAAGGACAGCCUGAUAUCAAAGAGAGUUCCAGGACAGUCAGUGCUAUACAGAGAAAUCCUGUUUCAAAAAAUUUUUUGUUUUAAUUUCAUAUGUAUGACAUUUUUAUUUGCUUGCAUGUCUGUGUGCCUUGUACAUAUCUGGUGUCCUCAGAGAUCCAAGAGGGCAUUGGAUUCCCUGGAAUGGAAGUUUACAGAUGGUUGUAAGCUGCCACGUGGGUUCUGGGAAUCAAACCCAGGUUCUCCAGAAAAGCAGCCAGUGCUUUUAACGGCUGAAGCAUCUUUUCAAUCCCUGGUUUUAUUUUUUGAAACCAUUAUUAUUGUAGCCCAGGCUGGCCUCAAACUUACUAUAUAGCCCUAAAUGGCCUCAGACUCUUCGUCCUUCUUCCUUAGCCUCCCCAGUGCUGGGAUCAUAGACCUGUGCCUGUGUAUGCUAGCUAUAUCAGAGACUGGAGGGUAGCUCACUCAGGCAAGUGUUUUCUCUGCAAGCAAAAGGACCCAAGUUUAUAUCAUCAGCACCCACAUAAAAGCCAGGCAAAGCUGCACCUGUAACCCUUGCUGGGGAAGCAGUGACAGAAGGGUCUCUGGGCUGCUGCUCUGCUGGUCUUGGUGAGUUGGUGAGCUCCAGGGUUAGAGGGACCCUAUUUCUAAGAAAGGAGGAGGUAGGUGAAGAGCGUUGGAUGCUCUCCCAGAGUAUUUGGGUUCACUUUCCAGUACUCACAUGGUGGCUCUGAGCCAUCUAGUACCCUCAUCUGGCCUCAGAAAGUACCACUGUAUGCACACGAUACAUAGACAUAUACAUGUUCAGGCAAAAUACCUAUGUACAUAAAAUUAAACCUUAAAAGUGAAAAGCAGUGAAGAAAAAUACUUGGCACUGACACAGACAUGUGUGUGUCCUUGACAGACACAUGCAGAUACUACACACACACAUCAAAAAGAUACAAGAGGGUUAAGUAAAUUGUACCUACUGCCCAGUUUACCUUGCCUUCUAUUUUAUGUGAAAUAAAUGCCCGAUUUUUUACAUGGUGUGCUUGUUUGUUUUGAGAUAGGGUCUCUUGCAUAGCUUUGGCUGUCCUAGAACUCAUUGUAUAGACCAGGAUGGCCUCAACUGACAGAGUUGUCGCCUCUGUCUCUGCCUCCAUAGUGCUGGGACUAAAACUGGACACUACUUACUACGGCUGGUUUUAAUCUAGCUCUGCUUAUUAGUGUUUGUGCAUGGAAAAAGCCUGCAUCGAAUGGUAGCUAUUAAGUAUGUCUGGACAGGGUGGUUAGGAACUUGCUGGCUAGUUUUUAUGUCACCUUGACACAAGCUAGAGUCAUCUGAGAGGAGAGAAUGUCAAAUGCUUACAUAAAAUUAGGCUGUAAGCAAGUUUGUGGGGCAUAUUUUGUUUUCAUUUCCUUUAUUAGUGAUGUGGGAGGGCCCUUCCCAUUGUAAGUCGGUGCUACCUCUGGGUCCUAGAUUGUACAACAGGCUGAGCAAGCCAUAAAGAGAAAGGCAAGAAGCACAAUUCCUCCAUGGCCUGUUUAUCAGCUUCUGCCUCCAGGUUCCUGCCCUGACUUCCUCUAGUUUCCUGGAAGUGUAACCCCUUCUCCCUCAAGUUGUUUUUGGUCAUAGUGUUUCCUAACAGCAAUAAAAACCCAAUUUAGGCAAACAAGCAUAAACUGAGGCAGAGGGAAAGAAGCUAAGCUUGAGCAUUGAAGAAGGAAUAAGCAGAUAAAGUGUGUUGUAAGCAAUAGGAGCCAAGGCAUAGGAACUGGAGAGAGUGUGCUCCAUAUUAGGAGCUACUGGGUUAUUAUCCUCCAGUCAACCCCUGCCCUACCUAUAUCAGACUCUGGAUCAGGUACUGGAUAUAGGACAGCCAUGAACAUAAGCAGUAUGAAGUAGGAAAUAUUAGGAGCAUCCAUCAAUGAUUGAGUCUUUCAAGAGAAGUGAACAUAGGAGUCAGAAAGGGUUUGUUAGAGGUCCCAUCUGAAUUAGAAUUUGAAAGACCAUCCAAUGGGGAAUUUAGGCUCGUGGGUCUGUGUUUUCCUUCCAGACCCAGCAGAUUCAGCACCAGGGAAGUGAUGUCAGCACUCAGCAGUUUGAGAUCUGCUGAUCAGGAUAUCCUGUAAGGGGACUGAAGAGAUGGCUCAGAGAAUUUUUUUCUUUUUUGUGUAUGUAUCUCUGUGUAGUGGGCAUAUAUGUGUAUGCAUGUGCAGGUAUGCAUUGUGGAGACCCAACGUUGACAUCAGGUCUCCUUGAUUGUUAUUUUCACCUUAUAUUGAGACACCGUCAUGAACCCAAAUGAAAUUUCUCACAGUGAUGGCCACAGGCCAACUUGAUCUAGACUGUUUCUCAUUAAGACUUCUUCCCAUGUAAUCCUAGAUUAUGUCACGUUGACAAUUAAAACUGAUCAUUACAGCAUUUUUUUUAAAGAUUUAUUCAUUUAUUAUAUAUAAGUACACUGUAGCUGUCUUCAGAUACACCAGAAGAGGGCAUCAGAUCUCUUUACAGAUGGUUGUGAGCCACCAUGUGGUUGCUGGGAAUUGAACUCAUGAUCUCUGGAAGAACAGUCGGGUGCUCUUAACCGCUGAGCCAUCUCUCUAGCCCAAAAGUAUUUUACCAUUAUCCUGCCCCAUUCUUUUUCCGGAGCUGGGGACCGAGCCCAGGACCUUGCGCUUCCUAGGCAAGCGCUCUACCACUGAGCUAAAUCCCCAACCACAGCAUUUUUUUCACUGCGUUGUAAUUAUAAUAAAAAUGCAGGUGUAGAUCAUCGAGUCAGUUGUCAGCACCACAUUAAUCUUUUAUAUCAACAGUGCUAUUAACCCAGCCUUGAAUUCGGGUAAUGUGUCCAACACAGAAGCAGAUUUAAAAAAUCCAAGUUCUCUCUUAAGUAAGACAGGUGUUCAUUUCAUUUGUUUUGUUUUUUUUUAUUUAGAGACAGGCGCUCAUUCUGAAGCCCCUGCCUCAGACUCUAAAUGCUGACGUUACAGUUGUGCGCCAUUGCACCUUGUUUAUGGAGACUGAACCUAGGGCAAGCCCUGAGCUACAGCCUAGACUUUAACUUCUUUUUAAAAAUAUGCAUAUUUAUUUUUUCUGUGUAUGUGGAUGGGUAAAGUGUGGAAAUCAGAGGACGCCUUUUUUUUUCUUUUUCUUUUUUUUUCUUUUUUUUUUUUUUUUCCACACAGGGUUUCUCUGUGUGUUCCUGGUUGUCCUAGAUUUUACUCUGUAGACCAGGUUGGCCUAGAACCCAGAGAUCCUGCUUGCUGCUGCUUCUGGAGUGUAGGGAUCAGAGGUGUGCACCACCACUGGCCAGCCAGAGGAUCAUUCUCCUGCCAUGUGGGUCCUGGGGAUUGUCAGGCUUGGUGGCCAUCUUGUCAGCCUUUAAUUUCUUUUAAAAUGUCUUCAAGUUUGGUUCCCAGGAUCCUUGUAGAGGUGGAAAGAGAACUUACUCCACGAAGUUUUUCUCUAACUCCUACACAGGCAGAGCCAUGGCACAGCUACACACACAUACAGACUUAAAAAAAACCAAAUUGUUCUUUACAGUGUUGUUUUUUUAAAUAUUUAUUUAUUUAUUUAUUUAUUUAUUUAUUUAUUUAUUUAUUAUGUAUAUAUACAUCAUACAGCUUUCUGCCUGCAUGUAUGUGCCUGCAGGCCAGAAGAGGGCACCAGACCUGAUCAUAGAUGGUUGUGAGCCACCAUGUGGUUGCUGGGAAUUGAACUCAAGACCUCUGGAAGAGCAGUCAGUGCUCUUAACUGCUGAGCCAUCUCUCCAGCCCUACAGUGGUUUUUUUUGUUUGUUUGUUUUUGUUUUUUUGUUUUUUCUUUUCUUUUCUUUUUUUCGGAGCUGGGGACCAAACCUAGGGCCUUGUGCUUGCUAGGCAAGUGCUCUACCACUGAGCCAAAUCCCCAACCCCCCUACAGUGGUUUUUAUUGCAAAAAUCUCCAUUGAUAUUUAAAUGUCCACUGGUAGAUGACUAGAUCAAUUAUUGACCAUAUGAACAGUACAAAACAUGCUAAUAAUGUUUAGUACUUCCCAAGUGCUGGAAUUUCACAGGGAUGUGCCACCACGUGUGCUUUAAUAUAUCUGUGAUCUCUGUGUGUUCGUCUGAGAUAAAGCUGAGGAUGUAAGAGAGGAAAGUCAGGGUUGGGUAUGGAGUCCAGAGUUCCCGCUCAGCAUGUGCAGCGCCCUGUGUUUGAUCCCAGUAUCUCUCCCUUUAAAAAGGUGGGGGUGGAUGGAAGUGCGAUCUGAUCAGAGGGUAUCAGGUCCCCUGGAACUGGAAUUACACAACAGAUAGUUGUGCGGCCAUGUGUGUCCUUAUUCCCCUGUGUAAAAGCAGCAAGUGCUGGAGUUUGUAGAUAGCUGUGAGCUGCCAUGUGAAUGCUGGGACUUGAACCCAGGUCCCCUUGAAGAGCAGUCAGUGCUCUUACUCAGAGCCCUCAGUACCAGAAUUAUUUUGUGUUGUUUUAGUGUGCUAUUAAAAGUCAAAAGGCUCUAAGCAUGGUGGCACACAUCUUUUAUCCCAGUAUUUAGGAGGCAGAGGCAGGUGGAUCUUUGUGUUUGAGGUCAGCCUGGUCUACAUAGUAAACUCCUCCAGAUCAGCCAAUGCCACAGAGUGAGACCCUGUCUCAAAAAAUCAAAACAAAAAACCAACCACAAGUUCAAAGGAGUUCAGGAUUUCCUCUGUCAUACAUAAUAAACCUAGUGGCUCUUUACAGUCUAGAGACUUUUAUUUACUUAUUUUUAUGACAAGGUCUUGUGAUGUUGUAGCCAGUUGUCUUGCCUCCUCCCACAUCUUACCAGAGAGUUUAUUUGUCUAGUGGCUGUCUUCAGUUUUCAUUUGUGUUUACACCUUACUGUGUUGCCAGUGGAUAAGAUGGUCCUGUGGGCAUUGCAGGGAACUCAGGCGACAGGGAAGCAUUGUGGAAAAUAGGUUUGAAAAUGCCAUCUUUCCCCUGGGAGUGUACUUUGCAGAUAGCUAUGCUUUGCUCUUCUCUCUGGUAAGCAUCUUUUUUUCCCCUGUAGGCUGCUUUUAUGCCUUUUGCUUUUGAAAAAGUAUUUCAUUUCAGCAUGGUGGGAAUCAUCUGCAGCCCCAUGUGAAGGCUGGGGUACCUGGGGACUGUGUCCAGCCUUACAGAAUAAAACUGGGUCUUAUCAGCUCUAGUUCCAAGGUUCACUUCCAUUGGUUACUUAGGCUGUCGGGGUUGGGGGCCUUCCUACAGUAACGUGGGAAGACUGCUGUACCCAUUAGCAGUUUAAGAAGCUCAUUUUUCCCAGGUUGCUAAGAUGUCAAAUUCAAACUGUGCUGUGUUAGUAAAGUGUUACCUCCAACAGAGAGGGGAAGGGAUCCUUUUCACAGUUACAGAGCUAUUUGCACUUUAUCUCCUCCUCCCCUCCUCUUUCUCCACUUGGUUUUGCAUAAACACUAAAUUCCCAAAGCAGGAACUCUGAGGUGGCAAGUGGUAAAUAGUCUUGUCACUAGAGGAAGAAAAGGCUUAAAGACCUGCACCUCCUAUCCAGUGUAAUUAGUAAGUUGUAAUUAUUUCUAAUUAUUAUACAUAUACUAUAACACUAGCCCUAAUAGUUAAGUAAUUACUUUGGAGAUAGGGUCUUCCUAUGAAGUCCUGGCUGGCCUGGACCUCACUGUGCAGACCAGUCUGGCCUCAAAUUUGUAGAGAUCUACCUGCUUCUGCCUUCUGAGUAUGGGGAUUAAAGUCCUGCACCACCACACUGAGCAUUAAUUUUUAAUUAUUAUUUGGGGCUGCAGAGAUACCUCAGUGGUUGAGAGCACUUGUUACUUUUCUAGAGGACCCAGAAUUAACUCCCAGCAUCCUACAUGAUGGGUUACAACUAUCUGAAACUCCAGUGCCAAAGAAUCUGACCCCUCUGAUCUCCUCAGGCACCAGCAACACAUAUAGUGCACAUACAUACAUGCAGGCAAAUUUCCAUAAAUAAAAGAUAGAUCUUUAAACAUUUUUAAAUUUUAAGCUACUGUCUUAUGUGUAUGGGUGUUUUGCCAAAUCUUUGUACUAUACACAUGAAGUACCCUCAGAGGCCAGAAGAGUGCAUUAGAUUUCCUGGAACUGGAGUUACAAACAGUUGAGAGCCACCAUGUGAAUGCCGGGAAUUGAACCUGGGUCCUCUGCAGGGUCAGGAAGAGCUCCUAAAUGUUUUUGAGUGUUUCUGAUACUUAAAAAGUUUCAGGCCAGACAUGGUGGCACAUGCCUUUAAUCCCAACAUAGGGAGAAACAGGCAGAUCUCUGUGAGGUCAAGGUCAGCCUAAUCUACAUAGCAAAAUCCAGGACGGCCAGGGCUAUGUAGAGACCCUGUCUCAAAUAAAUAAAAAAUGAAGUUUUAGACUUUCCAAUUAGGGAUACUAAGAUUUUCUAAAUUCUGAAAAAGUGUGAUAGUGUGAUACCUCAAGGAGUUAUAGUCCCAAGUAUUUCCAAAGAAAAUAACAAAAGAUCAAGACCAAGCUGGGCAGAGUGGCAUAUGUCUAUAGUCCCAGCAUUUGAGUCUGAGAUGGAAGAAAGAUCUUGAAUCCAGAAGUUCAAGACCAGCCCGGGCAACAUAGGCCAGAUUUUAAAACAUAAAAACACAACAAAACCAAGACCAAUAAAUGGCCUUCAUGGCCUGAUCACCUUUUGUUUUGAACCAGGAUUCAAUUAUAUAGACAGGCUGAUCUUAAGUUUGCAGUCCCCUACUUCUGCUCCCUGAAUGCUGGUAUUAUAGGUGUGGGUCUUAUGACCUAAUCCCUCCUCCUCUCAUAGGUCCAGUCAUUUCCUCUCUCUUCCUGUUCUCCUCUCCCUCUUCCUUUCUUGCCUUUUAGCCUUUCUCAGACUUUCCCAGCUCUGAGCCAUUCUCACCAGGUUAUCAGUUAUCUGUAGCUUUCAGAGUCAUCUCAUCUCUUUACAGGAAAAAAGUGGUCUUUAGGCUCUUAGGUGCCACCAAAAAUCAGUGUUUUGUCUGUAUUGGUUCAGCCUUUGUGUAUCCUGGAAGCUGUUUGGAGAAAGGCACUUGUGAGGCAGUAACCCUGCUGCCUUGUCAGGGGUAUCUGUCUCUCUAGUCCAUGUCAGGAGACCGCAGGAAGUGAAUAGUACCUCUGUGCCUUCAUAUAGUGGCAACAUUCGUCUAACGGGAAAUUGUGGGAUUGAUAAACUAAGGAGGGACACACAGCAUCAGAACUGGCUCUUUUAAGCUUGUGCAUUUAAUUGUUACAGUUUCUUCAGAGCAACUCACAAGUGGCUUCAUCAAUUAUGGUUUUCUAAGGUUUCUUUUUAAAAGACAACACGGGGGCAGCCACAGAUCAGGUAACCAACAUGUGAUUAACUCCUUAGGCUGCUUCUAUCAGUUCCCAGCUGAGUGCUCUCAGGGUAAUUUCCAUGGCAACCAGAAGCUGAACAACCUGCCUGCCCAGCUCAGCAGUGUCACAUCCAGGAGACUUAAGGACAGCCCUAAGUGGCAGAUGAAGCCUGAGGAGCCUCAUGACAGUCAGAGAUGCCAAUGAUGACCAUCUAUGCCUAGAUCUAUGAAGAGCUGCCAUCGUCCACAGCACAUGAUGUCAGGAAACCACACGCCUUCUGCUAGUGGCCCUUUCUCUGCCCUGACUCCAAGCAUAUGGCCCCAGGAGAUCCUGGCAAAAUCCUCACAGAAGGAAGACUCCUCAGAGCCAGAGAUCUGCUAUGAUGAGUUUGGUUUCCGAGUGGACAAGGAAGGUUCUGAGCCUGGAUGCAGCCAGAUGGCAGGCACACCCCUGGUAGAGGAUCCCCCUCAGAGGCUACGUUGGCAGGCUCACCUGGAGUUUACCCACAACCAUGAUGUUGGGGAUCUCACCUGGGACAAGAUUGCAGUCUCCCUCCCCCGCUCUGAGAAACUCCGUUCCCUAGUGCUGGCUGGCAUCCCGCAUGGCAUGAGGCCACAGUUGUGGAUGCGGCUCUCUGGGGCACUGCAGAAGAAGAAGAACUCUGAGUUGUCCUACCGUGAGAUUGUAAAGAACAGCUCCAAUGAUGAGACCAUCGCUGCCAAACAGAUCGAAAAGGACCUGCUCCGUACCAUGCCCAGCAACGCCUGCUUUGCCAAUGUGAACAGCAUCGGAGUGCCCCGCCUGCGCAGAGUCCUUCGAGCACUGGCCUGGCUCUAUCCAGAGAUUGGCUACUGCCAGGGCACAGGCAUGGUGGCUGCCUGUCUCCUGCUGUUCCUGGAGGAGGAGGACGCCUUCUGGAUGAUGUGUGCCAUUAUUGAGGACCUGCUGCCUGCCUCCUACUUCAGCACCACCCUGCUAGGUGUCCAGACUGACCAGCGGGUCCUGCGCCACCUGAUUGUCCAGUACCUGCCUCGCUUAGACAAGCUGUUGCAGGAGCAUGACAUUGAGCUGUCUCUGAUCACGCUGCACUGGUUCCUCACGGCCUUCGCCAGCGUGGUGCACAUCAGACUGCUGCUGCGCAUCUGGGACCUGUUCUUCUACGAGGGCUCCCUGGUGUUGUUCCAGACUACGCUGGGCAUGCUGCGCCUUAAGGAGGAAGAGCUGAUACAGUCGGAGAACUCAGCGUCCAUCUUCAACACGCUGUCGGACAUCCCUGCCCAGAUGGAUGAUGCAGAGCUGCUGCUGGGGGAGGCCAUGCAGCUGGCUGGCUCCCUCACUGAUGUGGCUGUGGAGACCCAGCGCCGCAAGCAUCUGGCCUACCUCAUUGCAGACCAAGGCCAGACCCUGGGGACGAGCACCACCACCAGCCUCUCUCAGGUUGUACGGCGAAGGACCCAGCGGAGAAAGUCUGGCAUCACCUCCCUGCUCUUUGGAGAGGAUGACCUAGAAGCUCUCAAGGCAAAGAACAUCAAACAAACAGAGCUGGUAGCUGACCUUCGUGAAGCCAUUUUACGUGUGGCACGCCACUUCCAGUGCACAGACCCCAAGAACUGUAGUGUGGAGCUGACGCCAGACUACAGCAUGGAGAGCCACCAGCGGGACCAUGAGAACUAUGUGGCAUGCUUACGCAGCCACCGGCGCCGGGCCAAGGCCCUGCUGGACUUUGAGCGUCAUGACGAUGACGAGCUAGGCUUCCGCAAAAAUGACAUCAUCACGAUCAUUUCUCAGAAGGAUGAGCACUGCUGGGUGGGUGAGCUGAACGGCCUGAGAGGCUGGUUUCCAGCCAAGUUUGUGGAGGUCCUGGAUGAGCGAAGUAAAGAGUACUCCAUUGCGGGGGAUGACUCUGUGACUGAAGGAGUAACAGACCUCGUGCGAGGGACCCUCUGCCCAGCCCUCAAGGCCCUAUUUGAACAUGGAUUGAAGAAGCCAUCCUUGCUUGGGGGUGCUUGCCACCCCUGGCUGUUUAUUGAGGAGGCAGCAGGCCGGGAAGUCGAGAGAGACUUUGAUUCUGUGUACUCCCGCCUGGUGCUCUGUAAGACCUACAGGUUGGAUGAAGACGGCAAAGUCCUGACCCCUGAAGAGCUGCUGUACCGGGCCGUGCAGUCUGUGAAUGUGACCCAUGAUGCAGCACACGCACAGAUGGAUGUCAAACUCCGUUCACUUAUCUGUGUGGGGCUCAAUGAGCAGGUCCUACACCUGUGGCUAGAGGUACUCUGCUCCAGCCUGCCCACCGUGGAGAAGUGGUACCAGCCCUGGUCCUUCCUGCGCAGCCCUGGCUGGGUCCAGAUCAAGUGUGAGCUCCGUGUCCUCUGCUGCUUUGCCUUCAGCCUCUCCCAGGACUGGGAGCUCCCCGCUAAGAGAGAGGAGGAGAAGCAGCCACUGAAGGAGGGUGUUCAGGACAUGCUGGUGAAGCACCAUCUCUUCAGCUGGGACAUAGAUGGAUGAUGCUCCUUCUAGCUGCUCUGUGGCUCCCAGGCCUACCCAUCAUAGACUGCCUGGCAGGCUCCUCCCUUCCAGAGAAAGAAGGCAGAGCCCUGGCCAGCCUCAGGCCUUCCUCCUCAAGCUAGGAGGUUCAGGGAAAGACACCCCAGAGCUUACUCAGGACCCAUGAUCAAUGUCUGGGCCUCCCCUGUUGAGGCUCCCGCAGUUGGCAAAAGCAUAUACUGGUGGCCAGGUCAGCUGCUCUCCUUAAUAUGGUCCUGGGGGUGUCCUGCCAGAGUCCUUAAGGAAGCCCUGGGUGCCAGCCAUAUGGUGUAUGAACCAAAAACCACGUGAAGCAGCAGAAAGCCACACACACCUAUGCUGCUCAGGAAGUGCGUAGGCUAACAGCAGACAAAGGCCCCUCGACCUUUACUGUAAAUAAAUCUUUUUGUGAGA